AUGUGUGAAACACUCCCGGAGGAACUCCUUCAUCAAAUCAUGGCCAUGUGCCACUUCAUAGACUAUGAGGCGUUUGCACAUCGAUCCCCUGAACAAUUGUUCGCCCAUCGUAAAGAGACUGCCCGUCUGCUUCUUGUUUGCCAACGUUGGCGGCGCGUUGCGACUCCACUGAAAUACGAAAUGGCCAUUGUCACCUCUGAAGCCGAGGCCAGCGUCUUGGCCACUAUCCUAUCUCGAGGUCGAGUCGGUUCAUAUGUCAAAAAACUCCGGAUAGAGGGCGGAUUUGGCCGGGCUCUACGCACAAUUCUUUCCAAGGUCCCAAAUCUCCUGUACAUCUUCAUCUCUCUCGAUAUUUCCUCCGAGGCGAAAGUGGCUGGGCUAUGCGCUGGUCUCAAGCUAGUAAAUCCUCAAUACCUCGUCCUGCGCGAUCGGCGCGUCCUUGGGAAUCAAACAGUGCGUUCUGUUGUUGAUACUCUGAUUACAUGCAUGAAAACCCUCUGGACGAACGUGAUAUCAUAUGAUCAUCCGUACGACGAAUGGGUCUGGCUUGGCCAAGAGUUUGACAAUCGCCAAUAUUGCGCACGAACACAACGUGCAAGGGACCUCGCAAGAGCUCUCGUCCACAUACCAAAGUUACAGAUCGUACACGUUCCGCGAGCGUAUUAUACCAGCGAGUACGAUGUGGUUUUGAAAGCCGUUAAGAAUCCUUCCGUCCAGAGGAUUAUUAGUUGGAUGCCCUGGCAAGACGGCUUUAUCGUCCCUUUGGACAGAUACCCUCGACUUCGCGAUAUUAUCUACCUCCCGCUCCCAGGACCAUGGUUGCGACCCACGUACGCUGCCAUUGGCCAAGGUGAUCCUGCCUCCCUCUUUCCGACAACUUUUGGGUUUUGUACCCAGCCACACAAGCUUAAGAGAACGUGGUCGGAUCGAUGGUCGGGUGAUCGAUGGUAUUGA